CGAAGACUAGUGCCUGUACGUGCGGUUUCAAGAGCAGUAGCUAGCUCGCUCACUAGGGUGGCACGGCCGAGUAUGCGGAUCUCCGGUGGGCAGGCACUGGGGGAGGAGGCGGCCGGAGUGGUGCGGCUGGCGGUGAGCCUGGCGGAGCAGCGGGGCCACAGGCAGGUAACCCCGCUCCACAUGGUCAGCGCCAUGCUCUCGGCGUCCCCGUCAUGCAUCCUACACGCCGCCUGCCUCAGCUCCCAGUCCCACCCGUUGCAGCACAAGACGCUCGACCUCUGCCUAGAACUCGCGCUCAACCAGCUCGCCAUGGCCGUGAGCCGCGGCGGUGGCGACCACGUCGAACCUGCGCGGUCCAACGCGUUCACGGCCGCGCUGAAGCGGGCGCAGGCGCACGGUCGCAGGGGCGCCGUGGGCGGCGACAAGGUCGAGCUCGAGCAGCUCGUCCUCUCCAUCCUCGACGACCCCAGCGUCGACCGCGUCAUGCGCACGGCCGGCUUCUCGAGCUCUCAGGUCAGGGCCAGCGUCGUUUCGUUGCAGCAAUCAUCUCUCCAAACCGUCCCGGAGCUUCACCUGCCAGUCGUGCCCGACGACGUCCCAGACGCAAGUGAGUGCCAAGCUAGCAAAGCAAAAUCAGGAGCAAGGCCGCCGGACUUCUUUGGCGGCACCGAGGUAGUCCCCACGACGGCGAGCCUUCCUCCGUGGCUCCGCCAUUACAAGGAUACAACUUGCAUCAGAUCAACAUACUGCGACACCAAUCUUCAAGCAGACGUCAUUUCCCGCCGGCCGAAGUUCACGGAGCUCACCGCGCACAAUCUCAAGAUCCUGUCCGACGCGCUCGAACUGCGAGUUCCCUGGCACGGGAACAUCGUUCCCGGAAUAUCGAGCACGGUGCUCCAGUGCCGAUCCGGCGUGACGAGGAGGAGGGCGGGGGACAAGCCGUCUAAUUCGUUGUCGUCGUCGAUGACGACCUGGCUGCUCUUCUGUGGAAGGGACGGUGUCGGCAAGACGGCAGUUGCUCGGGAGCUCGCGAGGCUCGUGUUUGGCUCAUACGCCGACUUCACUGCCCUGCAGGGUUACCCUGACAUUCCCGCGCGAAAUGGCAAACUCGCACUCAAGAGGCUGAGAUCACCGGAAAACGAUGGCGACGGCAAUGGUGUUGGCGUGGAAGCAAAGUUGUUCGAAGCGAUCGCGGAGAACCCUCACCGCGUCAUAUUGAUCAACGGCGUCGACCAACUGGGUCGCGAUUCAGAAACGUGCAUAAAGAACGCGAUGGCGGGCGGAACACUGAUGGGGGGAUGCAACGGCGACGUGGUCGGUUUGGAGGAUGCCAUCGUAGUGCUGAGCUAUGAAGAGUUGGACCCGAGGUCUGUGGUUUGCGCUUCCUCCCAACGGGCGAAGCGACCGUUUAGCAGGCAGAACCGCGAAGAAGGUGACACCGCGAAAAUGGAAGUGAGAUCCCGUCGUCGUCUUAGAUGGGACUUGAACGUUUGUGCAGUUGACGGGGAAGAGGAGGAAGACAGUGUUGCAGAUGACGAGGGGAUCCUGAAUGCGGUGGAUGGUGUUUUCCUUUUCAAUUAGCUGUGUAUAUCAUUCUAGUUAUUUCAUACCAUAGUUUAAACUUUAACGUCUAAUAUGAGUUUUUCUAUCAUAAACUGUUUUUUGGCUUUGUCGACACAUAAGUUGAUUUAGAUUUU